GGCAACUUUUCCUUUGCACAGGUUUUGAUAAAUCUCCCUUGCUUUGCCGUUUUUUGACAGACUUUGUGACGUUGUUUGGCCUAACAAGUUGUCAUUGUUUCUGGAGAUUUCCACUUCACAUUUCUAGUUGACUGGGGCACCUCCCAGUGCAGAAACAUGAAUGAUUUGUUAGAAAGGAGGCACCGUAUGAUCAUACAAUAUUGCAUGUAUCCAAAUAGCUUAUUAUAACAAGAAUUCUUUGUGGGGGAAAAGGCAACAUGGCAAUCACAAGAAUUUUGACAUGCUGAAAAUAAUUUCCUGAUAGAGAAGCAUUGAGUUCUGGCAAUGGUCAUAGUAACCUGGCAUUUUAUUAUUAGCAAUUGAUGUAGUUAAUCUGUACAAAUUAGUGUUUACAUGCUCAUAUCCAUGGGGUACUCAUUAUUGUCUUACGAUUAAAGAGAAAUUGUUGACCAUAAUACAGCAAUUCCGGAACACCUUUUUCUUAGAAUUCUGUGUUAUACAAUUUCUUUGUUAUUCCUCUUAUCAAUGAAUCACUUGUUAACAAUAUGACACUAUCCCAUGAAAGCUAAGUCCUAUAAAACAGAAUGGUUAAAGUGCCCCAAUGGGUGUGGACCCGCUAUUCCUCUUACUGAUUUGGCUUUGGGCCAAAUUUGGGAGUGAAUUCUAAGUAAUCCCAUUAUUUUCAACCUUGGUCACACUCCAGGAUGAGGAAGCUGGACUUUUGUUGCAGGGAAGAUACGAGGUUGCUACCGAAAGAGUGGUCCUAGUUAGGUAGCAGCUGGCCAGGCAAGCCAGAAAGCCUUGGUGCCAAACAUCAGGGAGACAGGCAGGAGGAGCAAUCUGAUUAUGUAGAUAGUAAAACAGAGUCUGAUGUAGCUGUGCAGGUGUUAGUAGCAGAGCUAAGUGGCUUUGAUCAACAGUCCGAGUUUUACAUUGGAUAAUCAUCAAGGUGUAAGCAGAGACAGAGGCAGGCUGUCCUUUAUAAAAGGCGUUUUAUCAUCGGUUACGUCAAAUAAAAGCAGGAACGCCAAUCUCAACCAUGCAGCAAUCCCAACCAAGAAACUCAUUGUCUGACAAUCCCUGUUGGGCAACUCAGUAUCCAGGAUGUCUAAAAUUACUUAGCUGUUCAAAAGGGAAGAAAACAACAUGUCAUGAGCGUUUGUGGAGUAUGGGUACAACUGCCAGUGCCGCUCAACAGCCGGCCCCCACAGUGCCCCCUAGUGAAAGCCCCCAUGGAAAUGGCAGUGCAAGUUCAAGUACAGAAGACAGAAACUCUCUUAGCAUCCACUCUUUUCAGACCGUGAGCAUUCACAACAAGGCCAAGUCCAUAAUCACCAACAAGGUGGCUCCAGUAGUAAUUACGUACAAUUGUAAAGAAGAGUUCCAGAUUCAUGAUGAUUUACUUAAAGCACAUUAUUCCGUUGGGAGGAUCUCUGAGACCAUGCCGGAACACUAUCUUGUACAGGGAAAAUAUUUUAUGGUACGGGAUGUGUACAGCAAGUUAGAUGUUCUAAACACUACAAGUAGUUUUGGUGCGCCUAAUUUUAGACAAGCAAAAGGAGGCUAUGAAGUAUAUGGAAUGGGCCAACCCAGCCUGAAUGGCUUCAAACAAGUACUGCAGAAGCUUCAGAAUGAUGGUCAUAAGGAAUGCAUGUUUGUCUGUGUCCGUGAAGAGCCUGUGGUGUUCUUGAGAUUAGAAAAUGACUUUGUGCCUUAUACUCCCAGAAGAAAGGAGAAUUUGCAUGAAAAUUUGCACAACCUGGGGAAAGCACUUCGAGUAGAGAAUUUGGAACUUGCUAUUCGGAAAGAGCUUUAUGACUUUGCCCAGUUGAGCGGGAACAGUUAUUUUAUAUAUAAUGACAUUGAGCAUUUUAAGGAUGAGCCUCACUCUGUCAAGGUUGAGUGUGAAGAAGAUAUACACGUAACAGAGGAAGUGUAUACCAGGCCUGUUUUCUUACUGCCCUCCUACAGAUACCACCGUUUGCCCCUACCAGUAGAUGGGGCUCCUCUGGAAUCGCAGUUUGACGCUUUUGUAAACUUUCUCAGGGAAAACCCUUGCCUCCUGCUUCUCCAUGAUGUCAGCUGCCCCCCACCUGCUUUGCUUUUCAGUUGCCAGACAGGAGUUGGUAGGACGAACCUUGCCAUGAUUCUGGGAACCCUAGUUUUGUAUCACCGAAAGGGUGUGACUGAAAAAGAGACGAUCACCCAGAGCACCAAUGACUCGCCAAAGGAACGUUUUCAAGUGAUACAGAACUUUAUUAAUAUGGUACCAAAUGGAGAACAAAUUGUUGAAGAGGUGGAUCAUGCUAUUUCCCUAUGUUCGGAAAUGCAUGAUAUCAAGUCAGCCAUAUAUGAAUGCAAGAAGAAUCUGGAGGGCAUUGGUGAAGACUACAAAAUUCAGGGGAAUAGUACCAAAGAAUAUUUUCUCAGAGGAACCCUCAAUAGUCUUGAGCGCUACUUUUAUCUAAUAGCUUUCAACUUCUACCUUCAUGAGCAGUAUCCCUUGGCUUUUGCACUGAGUUUUAGUCGAUGGAUGUGCAUGCAUCCCUGGAUUUACAGGCUUCAAGCAACUAUGAAUUUGUCAGAACUUACUUUAUCUGGGGAGCUAAUAACCAAAGGAACACGGGUAUUGGUAUUGGAUGAGCGGUUUUCACCUGAUGUUCUGAGCACUGUGAAGGAAAUGAAUAUUGCUAACUUUCGAAGGGUACCCAAGAUGGCUAUUUAUGGCACUGCUCAACCAAACGCAAAGGCCACAGGUUGUGUUCUGAACUACCUGACAGAUGCAAAAAGGAAGUACUCCAAUAUUUUAUGGGUGAACCUACGAGAUGAUAUUGUAUUGGAAGGAAAUGAACAAAUAUUCACUCCAAGGGAGCAGAACAACUUGGACCAACAUAUUGCUGUACCUGUCAGUACACCAGAACAGCUUGAGAAAUUAGAAGCAUCAAUAGCCAGUCAUAUCCUGACUUCACAAAAGUGGCUUGAGGUGUGUCAUGAACAGGAGAAGCAAAUGAACAUGUUCAAAACAUGUCAGACCAUGCAAGAAAUCUUUAACCAGCAAAGAAGCACAUAUGCCGGGCUGGUGUACAAAAGAAUUCCCAUUCCGGAUUUCUGCGCUCCCAGGGAACAGGAUUUUGACAUGAUUCUUCAGGCUAUGAAGAACAUACUCGCUGAGGACUCCAAUGCAGCUUUUGUAUUCAACUGUCAUGGGGGAAAAGGGAGGACGACGACUGCAAUGGUCAUUGCAUUACUCACACUCUGGCACUUCAAUAGCAUUCCUGAAAUUAGUGAGGAUGAAAUAGUAAGUGUUCCAGAUGCCAAAUAUACCAAAGGAGAAUUUGAGGUAGUAAUGAGAAUCGUUCAGCUUCUGCCAGAUGGACACAAAAUAAAGAAAGAAGUUGAUAUGGCACUUGACACUGUUAGUGAAACCAUGACUCCUAUGCAUUAUCACUUGCGAGAGAUCAUCAUUUGCACUUACCGACAGAUUAAAACAGCCAAAAAUGUGAAGGAACUGCAGUUAAUUCAGUUAAGGAGCCUGCAGUACUUGGAGAGAUAUAUUUACCUGAUUCUCUUUAAUGCUUAUCUUCACUUGGAGAAGGAGACAUGGCAGAGACCCUUCAGCAAGUGGAUGUUUGAGGUUGCAUCCAAAGCUGGAGUUUAUGAAGUCCUCAACCAACUGGGCUUCAGUGAAUUUGAGAAUGUGGAGGAUCAGCCUUUGUCUCGGCUGCGUUAUCGUUGGCAACAGCAAAAUUCCAAUUUGCUCCCUUUCCGAGGAGAGUUUAUUUAGGACUGCUCUGUAUCUACUUGGUAGAUCUUUCUUUAUUUGGAUCCUUAGAAAAGGGUCUUAAGAAAGGCAAGCAAAAACUUGUGGUAGUUUUCUUGUGGUCACGGAAAUCCCAAAACAGUACAUAAAGAAUGCCUUUGGAAGUGUCCAUAAAGCAGUAAUGUCAUUGACCCUACUGUAUAAUAUAAAAUAGACUGAAUAACCAUACGUGCCAUCUAUUAACUAUUUUUUAAAAGUGUUAUUGCCUAAGAGUAAAUUAAAAAUGUUCCUAAAACCAGUAUAUCCAAUGGGUUGACAUGCACGGAAGGGCUAAACUUGGCUGUGUGGUUUAUAUACUCAAUCCUCAGGAGCUCUCUGUUAUGGCUGCCAUUGUGUUAAUAUUUCACAAGGAAUAAAAUUGCAAUGGAAGCAGCAAAUGUGUACUAGAUAUGACACAAAUGGCGUCAAACUAUGCAUGAAGUGACCAGAGAAGAAGGAAGAUGUACAAAAUGUUGGUUUUAUUGUUUAAUAUGUGAUUAAGAUACUUUUAGAAAAAUAUACUAAUAAAAAAAGCUAAAACAUGGCUACACUAAAUAGGAUGCAGUAUGCCUUAUUUAAGGAACAUGAUGUACAGCAAAACAUAGUGCACUACUGUGUAAGCCAAAAAAAUGUCAUGUUUAGUCAAAAAAGACUUGUACAAGUGAUACCUUAUUGGCUAACCAGAAAAAUGAUUGCAAAGUACAACAUUUGGGAGUUAUUACCUUAUGUCAUGUUAAAUCAGUUGAUGCUUGUGACUUCUUAGUGUAACAACUCUCAAAUUGUUCAUGUCAUUUUGAAAACCAAAAAUUUGACAUGUCUGUGAAGAUCGGUCAAGAUCUGUGCUGGACCCCACCAAUCAUUAGAGCACUCUACUAAUUUGUUCACAGCAAUCUGUCCAGUUGCUCUAGUUGGGCUCCAUUAUAACUCUAUGGAGCCCCUCUAAAGAAACUGGACUGAGAUUGCACUGACCAGGGGAAGUGCUUCAGGGCGCUCUUCUCCCCACUUGUUCUAAUGAUCAUCGUGGUCUCAGCGCUAAGUCCCAAACCAAUGAAAACUUCUGACCUGUCAGUGUGACAUGUCAAAAGUUUUUUGUUUGUUUUUUCUUAAUCACCGGGACAUUUUAUAUGUUGCCAGGGGAAAUAUAGUUUUAAAAAGACUAAAGGAAAUAUAUUGUAGAUUUUUUAAAUAUAUAUAUUUAAUGUAGUGGUCUUUCUGCCUUGCUGCUGUCCGGUCUGCAGAUGAAUUUACCUUCAUUCCCACAAAUACAGAUGAAAGAUCAAGACAACUGCAUGUAAUGCAUGCAAUAAACUAUAAUGUUUUCAGGAUAAGCCAAGAAGUUUUAUAAUGCUGUUACUGAUGGCUUUAUUUAGGCUAGGAUAGGUUUUAAUGCCUGUAGUCAAGUGAGGGUAUUAGGGAAUAUUUUCCCCUUCCUUCAUGAACUGGACCCUUGACGUAAAGAGGAUUCUCAGCACUAGAAAGGCUCAGGCUGCCUUAAAAAAAAAAAUGCUUACCUGCCUACUCCAUUAUAGCCGAUGUUCGGAUAGUAACAAGUUCCUGCUGAUCAGCCCUUUCUGCAUAUCUCAACACAGGAAUUGCCAACUCAAUCACUGAAUUAAGUGGGUCAUCGCUGUUAUGAGUCAUUGGCUAAGCAGGCAUUUUGUUUGUGUCGUGACAUGGACCAGGAAGAGCUGACAAGUGGAGAUUAGGCACCGUUGGGUCAUCAGUAGGAGAUCGGUGAUGAGAAUGCCUUUUUUUAUUUUUAGGUCAGCCUGUUCCUUUUCUAAAAUGUUUUUUUUAGUGCUGGACAGCCCUUUCUUAUGACAGAAGAAAGUCAAAGUAAGGUUUGUGAUGAGGCCACACUGUCUUUACAAAUGUCCUUGGUCAAAAUUGAUAUAAGAUAGCAUGGUAUUUUCCUUUUUAAAUCAGAUUCUACCUCAAAGAGGUAUUGGGCAGACCAUUCAUCUUAAAGCAUGUCCCAUUCUUACAAAUAUAUUUUACCUUUGGUUUACACUCUGAUUUGAUGUAAAAAAAAAAUGUACCCCCAUUUUUUUCGUUUGUUUUUUCUUUAUUUCAAUGUGUAUUAAAGACUCAAAUUAUUUCUGAGUUGUUUAUAUUUUAUGAUGUGCUGUUUGUGUCGCAUUUGUUGAAAGGUUUCCAAAAAUAAACUUUUCAUCAGCACUGCUGAAAUAAUAAAAAGAAAAGAAAAUAUCAACUCAAAUGGCAUUUAGUGGAAAGUCUACUUUGUAAAUACAUGCAUUUUAGAAUUGCUAGAUACAGCAAGUUGAAUUUGUCUACUGUCAAUACAAUUACGAUAGUGUGCAUGAGUCCAAUCCUUUCUGUAAGGCCAACAAACCUGUGUAACAGAGUUAAUAUAAACUCUGUUGUAUGGAGCCAUAGUGCGGCACCCAUGAAAAGUCUAUGUACCUCCAAUUGUACCAGCAUGUGUUUGUGAUAUAAAAUGGAGGCAUACAAAGGUGCUUAUUUCUGUUCAAUUUAAACAGAGUUUAACAGUAAAAAUGUGGCAUGUUCUGUCAGUUGUGAUAGUACCGAGGACAAUUGAUUCUAGGGGAGGUUAUCUCCAUAAAAUAAAAAAAAAAGCAUCAUACAUCAGUAAAUGUGGCAUGAAGCUUUAGGGACUUUGUGUGCUGCCAGACAGGCUUUAUGCAAUAUAUCUAAGCCACGCAAAACAGUUCAUGAAGCCUUAUGUUUUUGAUAACUCUUUCUUCCUUUAAUUUGUUUAAUCUUGACCAUUAAAGUGUAGCUGUCACUUCAGAAAACUUUUGACAUGUCAAAUGUUUUCAUCAAUGGGGGUCUGGAUGCUGAGACCCCUCCUGAUUCCUGGAAUGAAUGAGAAGUCUGUAUGCAGCAAGGUGCUUCUCCCCAUUAUUUCUAGUAAUUGGUGGGGGGUUAGGAAAAGUCAUAGAAAUUGGUCAAGUUUUUGUACUUCUUGUCAAAAGUUUUCUGAAGCCACAGUUACACUUUAAGUAUAAAAACAAGUUUCCAUAUAUCAUUUGCAUGUAUCAUAAGAAUGCACAAUUAAACUGUAAUACACAACCUAUCUAGGGGCCACAUAUCUCCUGAGCAGGACCAUAAAGGAAUUGAGGGGAGUGGUCUACAGUGCCACUCAUUAACAACUGGUAAUUUGUCAUGAGUUUUACCAAAUGACAAAAUGGGCCAAUACAGAAGAAAGUUGUGAACCAGUCAAUUAGAGAUGAGCGAACUUACAGUAAAUUUGAUCGUCACAAACUUCUCGGCUUGGCAGUUGAUUACUU